AUCGUAUGCCUAAGUCGCCUGCUGUGCGAGGCCGAUAUCCUACAGCGAGCUAAACCAACGGAGAUCACCAACGACUUCUCCGAAGCGAAGAUGGAUAGCACUGGCAGACUACAAGUGCAAAACUCUCGUUUCAAUACCCGAAUACGCCCAAGUAGACAGCUUGCCGUAGUUUUGACGACCUCAGAUGGUAACGAAUUCCGAGGAUCGCCAAAGAAAUCUCAUGGGAGACAAACCGAAAUCAUGGUCCCUCACCGCUUCUAUGGUACGGUGACAAAUGUCAAAGUCAUUGGCAGAGAGGGAGCAACGAAUACCGAGAAGGCUCGCGAUGAGCUUCUGCUUCGUGCUUUACAGGGCGAGUGUCAUCUCAGGCAUUCUAAAUUCGUCAGAAUGCUUUGGUUUCCAAGCAAGGAUGACGAGGAAGAUCUCUUAGCCGAAACUCCUAUCGUACCCAUAAUGGCUAGGAAACUGAACGAAUCGCAGAACAAGGUAGUUUCAGCCAUGGUGUCGUACCAGCCGCUCGUCAUAGUCCAUGGCCCACCUGGAACUGGUAAAACAUCGACCAUCUCUGCGGCAGCUGAAAUCUGGGGUCGGACGAAAUCACCAACAUGGAUUGUAGCUCAUUCGAAUGUCGCUGUGAAGAAUAUUGCAGAGAAAUUGGCAUCGUCCGACGUAGAUUUCAAGAUCAUCGUUUCCAAAGAGUUUUACGUCGAAUGGCAUGAACAUCUUUACACCAAAAUCGAGGAGAGGUUGUUUCGUGGAGACGAGAUUCCAAAGAAUCCGGUAGACCUAGGAAGGAUCAUCGGCGCAUCUCACAUCAUCCUGUCGACACUGAGCAUGCUCUCGAAUCCGGCACUGGACGAAAACAGGAUAUUCGACCUUGUGCCUCCGAGGAGUCUUGUUAUCGAUGAAGCUUCUCAGAUUAAUGUCUUUGAGUACAUGGUCGGUGGCUUUUCAUCUCAUAACAUGGAUUCAAAAGUAACUAGACUCCAUUGCAGAACACGUUCUUUAAAUUUCGAAACGUGA